AUGAAGUCGACCAUGGCGAUUCGUCAUGAUGCUCCAAUUCAUCGGCGAAAAUGUGAAUCCUUGCACAAGCAGCGCAAGAAUUCCAAGAACAGAAGACAGCAGGAAGCACCAAAACCAAAACAAGUGCCUGCUAAGCGUCGGAUGAACGAGACGCUGAAGCGUCAUUCUCCUCAUGUGGUGGAACAUACCUCUCCAUCUCCCUCUCCAUCUUCUCGUCAAGGCACGAAAAGCUCUGGGCACGGCCAACCACUCCCGUGUGACCUUGGUAGCGGCAGCAGACUCUCUAAGCGUCCAAGUUCGGGCGAAUAUAUGCCGCGUAAACGGCGUAGCCAGUAUCCGGAUACGCCAAAGGUUAAUGAAGAAGAGCUGAUCGAGAAUGUCGCUCCAACACACACAUAUGUCGUCAAUAAAACUUUUCUCGAAGUCUGUCCAGCGAGCGACGCAUGUCUCUGGAGCAAACGCCUGCUAUUCUGUAGUACACACAUGGACCAAAUGUCUACGCAGUUCGAGUUUACCCACAAGAUCUACCGUUGUUCCCUCGGAGUCACUCAGCCGUCUAGAUCAAAAGGACAUCGCAGUCGGAAGUCAGCAUUCUGCAAAUGCAACGCCCGGCUGACGGCUAUUGUUGUGCCCAUUGCGGCUAACCAGUAUGGGAUCGUGGUGAGGAAGCAGAAUCAUACACACUCGCAUGCUACAAUCGCUGCGCUCGCAACUACGCCUACGAAGCCUUUGCAUGACAAGCCAAAGCUAACUCUGCGUGCGACAGAGAUAAGGUUGCUAUAUCGUCAGGAUGAUGCCAUGCUGGAUCCAGAUUGUAGUCCAAAGGUGCCUCCUUCGCCCGAUUCCCCGGUGCCGGAUGAGCUAUCUUCUGACGAGAAGUACUCGCAUGCGAAGACGCGGUUAGAGCCUCUGCUUCAGGGGUUAUCCAACCUACCGAGCGCAAAUUACUACCAAGAACUAAGUUCCCUGGAAACUACUUUGAAAAUGGAAAUCAUACGGAGAAAAACGCGCUCCGAUUCGACUGAUGGAGAAUCCUUGGGUGAGAAAAUGGAGGGACCCGUUGCUGGAGAUCCGGCUGAUUCACAUGUGACACAGAGCCCACCAACAAAGCUGAAAGAGAUUUUGCAGAGCCGAUUAAAGAAAGAAGACGUGAGACUUGACGACUUUGACCAGUGGGCACGUCAUACUUCCAGCGUCAAGGAUGUGGCCGCACUAAUGGAAAAGUAUCCUAUGCAGCUCAAGGAACAGGACAUCACGGCGCUUACCAUAGAAUGCUAA